CCGCCAUGGACGAGCAGGCGGGUCCCGGCGUCUUCUUCGGCAACAACCACCCGGGCGCCGGCGCGGCCAAGGGGCUCGGGCCGCUGGCCGAGGCCGCCGCGACCGGCGACGGGGCGGGCGCGGCGCGGGCGCAGUACAGCCUGCCUGGCAUCCUGCACUUCCUGCAGCACGAGUGGGCCCGCUUCGAGGUGGAGAGAGCCCGGUGGGAGGUGGAGCGGGCGGAGCUGCAGGCUCAGAUCGCCUUCCUUCAGGGGGAGCGGAAGGGCCAAGAAAACCUGAAGAAAGACCUUGUGAGGAGGAUCAAAAUGCUGGAAUAUGCUCUUAAGCAGGAAAGAGCCAAAUACCACAAGUUGAAAUAUGGGACAGAAUUGAAUCAGGGAGAUAUGAAGCCUCCAAGUUAUGAUUCUGAUGAAGGUAAUGAAACAGAGGUGCAGCCACAACAAAAUAGCCAGUUAAUGUGGAAACAAGGUCGACAGCUACUUAGACAGUAUCUCCAGGAAGUGGGCUAUACAGACACUAUUCUAGAUGUGAAGUCUAAACGAGUGCGAGCUCUAUUGGGUUUUUCAAGUGAUGUCACUGACAGAGAGGAUGAAAAAAAUCAGGACUCAGUUAUAAAUGGCACAGAGGCUGAAGUGAGAGACACAGCAAUGAUUGGAAAAUCCGAGUUAACAGAUUCUGCCUCUGUGCUGGAAAACUUCAAAUUCCUUGAAAAUGCAGCUGCAGGUUUCAGUGAUGAGGACGAGGAUGACGACGUUGAUGGAAGAGAGAAAAGUAUCAUUGAUACUUCAACGAUUGUUCGGAAGAAAACAUUGCCUGAUACCAGUGAGGAUCGGGAUACAAAAGAAGCUCUAAAGGAGUUUGACUUCUUGGUUACAUCAGAGGAAGGAGACAAUGAGUCUAGAAGUGCAGGCGAUGGGACAGACUGGGAAAAGGAAGACCAAUGCCUCAUGCCUGAAGCUUGGAAUGUGGACCAGGGAGUAAUUACCAAACUCAAGGAACAAUACAAAAAGGAGAGAAAGGGGAAAAAGGGGGUGAAGAGGCCCAAUAGGUCAAAGCUACAAGACAUGCUGGCUAACUUGAGAGACGUUGAUGAGCUUCCUUCAUUGCAGCCAUCUGUGGGCUCGCCGUCGAGACCCAGCAGCUCCAGGCUUCCUGACCAUGAGAUCAGUCGGGCAGAUGAAGUGGAAGCACUGACAUUUCCUCCAUCUUCUGGGAAGUCAUUCAUCAUGGGAGCAGAUGAAGCCCUUGAAAAUGAACUGGGGCUUGGAGAACUAGCAGGCCUUACAGUGGCCAAUGAAGCAGAUUCAUUAGCCUAUGAUAUUGCAAACAAUAAAGAUGCACUGAGGAAGACGUGGAACCCUAAGUUCACGCUGAGAAGUCACUUUGAUGGCAUUCGGGCGCUUGCUUUCCACCCUGUCGAGCCUGUUCUGAUAACAGCAUCAGAGGAUCAUACAUUGAAAAUGUGGAAUUUGCAAAAAACAGCCCCAGCCAAAAAGAGUACUUCUCUUGAUGUAGAGCCCGUCUACACUUUCAGGGCACAUAAAGGCCCAGUGCUUUGUGUGGUAAUGAGUAGCAAUGGUGAGCAGUGUUACAGCGGCGGUACUGAUGGACUGAUCCAGGGCUGGAAUACCACCAACCCCAACAUUGAUCCUUACGAUUCUUACGAUCCUUCUGUUGUGAGAGGCCCUCUGCUGGGCCACACCGAUGCCGUGUGGGGUCUGGCCUACAGUGCAGCGCACCAGCGCUUGCUGUCCUGCUCGGCAGAUGGCACUCUUCGUUUAUGGAGUACAACCGAGGCCGCUCCCGCACUCAGUGUAUUUAACGACAGCCAAGAAUUGGGAAUCCCUGCCUCUGUGGAUCUAGUGAGCAGUGACCCGAGCCAUAUGGUAGCAUCAUUUAGCAAAGGAUAUACAAGCAUCUUCAACAUGGAAACGCAACAGCGAAUUCUCACGUUAGAAGCCAAUCUAGAUUCAACAGCCAGUUCUUCUUGCCAGAUCAAUAGAGUCAUCAGUCACCCCACUCUCCCUAUCAGCAUCACCGCCCAUGAAGACAGGCAUAUCAAGUUCUAUGACAACAACACAGGCAAGCUGAUCCACUCAAUGGUCGCACACCUAGAAGCUGUUACGAGCUUAGCAGUUGAUCCCAACGGCCUGUACUUGAUGUCUGGCAGUCAUGACUGUUCAAUACGCUUAUGGAAUUUAGAAAGUAAGACAUGUAUCCAGGAGUUCACCGCUCAUCGGAAAAAAUUUGAAGAAUCAAUUCAUGAUGUAGCUUUCCACCCAUCCAAGUGCUAUAUAGCGAGUGCUGGAGCCGACGCGCUGGCUAAAGUCUUUGUAUGAUGUGAUGCGUCAUUUUCGUCUUCUAGCUCUUUAUAAGUACCAACUGCACAAGAGAGAUGCAGAAGACCAGGGCAAGAGUCCCCCAUCCUGCCCCUCUGUUCUGCUGAAGGAGCACAGAGAACAUUGGUUAGAGUUUUGCAAUUCCUAUACUGUUUUCUAAAAUCAAGGUUUGUUCAGGUUGCUGCAAGCUCAGCUGAAUCUGUGAGCCUGAAAACUGUUUCACAUUUCCCCCCCAAAAGGCACCUUUUCUUCUGAAGUUGUUCUUCGCUAGGCAGGCCUAAGCGAGCACAGCUUAGCUUGUCCCUGCGAGUGAGCAGGGCGUGCUGUAAUGGGUCAUUCCAAGCUGGAUGGCUGCGGAUGAGCAGAGCAGAAACUAGAUUCACUUCUCUGAGAAAUUGUGUGAAACCUGUUAGGUAGUCAACGCAGUCAUCUGUGUCUGCUGUGCCUGUCCCAUGUGUACACUGACCAGACAGUGUUAAAAUGAGUUCUAACUUAGCUCCCCAUUCAGCUGUUUGUAUUAAGCACGUGGCAAAGCGUUUUACCUACUGGAAGGAAAAGAUGCAAUAUUGUGUUAAAUGUAUUAUUCAGAAAUGCUACACAAAUAUUUAGUUUGCAAGCAGAUUUCUAUCUCGUAUCCCAGGCUUGAACGUAAGCGUGGUGUGUUCUGAACGUUCGCUGCCAGGCGCCCACGCUGUGAGGAGUAGUGGCAGAGUCAGCUUUGACCUUUUCAUGUUGCAGGUUCUGUGUAAUUUUAAGGACAAACUCAAAACAUCUCUAUAAUAAUUUCCGCUUUAAAAUUCAUCUUGUGAUAUUCUACCAAGAUGAUUAUUUCAUACUUGUGAUAUCUUACCUCCUGGUGAUGGAAAAACAAUGAAAGUUAGCACCCAUUUUUAUCAAUAUCCCUUAAACCAUGCUUCACAUGAUCUCUGAUAUUCUCUUCCUUUCACAUUCAUGUUUUCUGACACCUACCAAAAACCGUUCAUAGUUACUGUGUUUUGUAGUCCAAAGAGUAUGGUUUACCUCAGGCAACUGCUUUCACAGCAGUACUAAAUAAAACAAAUGUUUUGUACCCCAGAAGUCUACUAGUAUCUCUAAGAAGAGCCCCUAGGAAAUCUAGUUGGGAGAGUUUAAUGCCUGUGUUGACUAAGACGUUCUCUCUCCCCCAUUGUUUAAUUGGAAUACAUAUCUUAAGAAACAGUGAAUCAACAUUGUUUCUGAACAAAAAAAAACAAAAAAAAAAAACAAACUAUGUCUUAAAAUGCCAGGUUUCACUUUACCUGUGACCCAUAUGUGGUCAGCUUUUGGGAUUCUCAUGACUCAGCUGUCUAGUAAAGGUAGUAUCUGAUCAUGAAGACAUCCUGCAUACAACCAUCAGCCCUCCUCAUACCUUUUUUUUCCCCCCAAAUGGCAGAGACUAAUAUAGACAUUUUAAAUAAAAUAAAUCAUUAAUGUCCAACUUUUCACCAAAAUGUAUAACCACAAGUUCUCAGUCUUAAAAAAUUAUGUCUGAGUAUUUUAGAUCAUUAAAAUAACUCCUUUGUUUCUGACCCUGCACAGUCCAUUGUUGAAGCCAUGGCACCUCUGAUGAUGUAUACUAAUGUCCAUUGAAGUAGUAUUCCAAUGGUGAUAUUGAUAAUGAUAAGGCAGUGUUUCUUUCUUCUCACCUGCCUUUAGAAUUCUGCAAUGUAUAGGCACAUUUUUGUUAGUUAUAAGACCUGUGAUACAUUUGCCUGAUUGUUAUACAGACAUGUGUUUUAACAGAAAUAUAUAUUUUUCCCCAUCUGUGUGCUUUGGUUAACAAGCAGGCUUAAAAGGCUUCUUUGUAUAAUCAAGUGAAUUAUCCUAGACAUAGCUACCAGGUAAAUGCUUACAUGCUCAUGUAGAUAUUUAAUUCCACAUCGCAAUUAGUAAAUUCUUUUCCAUUUUUAAAAUGAACAGUCGGAGCUGCUGAUAAUAACAUUUGUAGAAUAUGAGAAAAUUCCAGUCAGAGACCCUCAGUUGGUAUAUUUAUGAUAGCCACAAGCCUGUUUUUCUACCAGUUAUUGAUUUUUCCCCCCUUUUACCUUCCAAAGUCUUGCGUGCCUGCUCUGGUCAUUUGUGUCAGUGAGACUCUGAAAACUAAGAUUCGCUGCCCUGCGCCUUUCAUGCCUCGUGGUGGAACUUUUUGUAUUACUGAGUGAGGAAUGACCUUGAGGUACGCCAACCCGGACAAGUGAUGGAGUUGCUGGAACUUCUUUAGGAAGCCAGGGUGGAGUCAUCGGAGACUGGACCUCGAAGAGACUCUCCUCAAGUAGCCCUGGGCGGGGUCAGCCUAGACUUGAGCCAGAGCUAUCUUCCAGCCAGGGGUCUGUCGCAUGUCUGUGGGUCUGACUCCCCUCCUGCUGAUUCAGGGGAAAUCCAUAAAGUGAGCAGAUUCAGGGUUCAGUCACUGACACGCUUUCAGGAGUGGUUGGUUUGUAAAAUUUGGGGUGAGGAGUGUUGGAGUAUCAUGAAAGGCAGCAGGUGUGGGUUCCUGCCUUCUUUUCAUGUGCGUGGAUCCAUCUUUGGGGGCUUGCAGGCCCCUUUCAAACUCAGCUGUCCUGUGGGGCUCGUUUGCUGCUCAAGCCACAGACAAAUAUCUAACAUAAAUGGUGUGAUGACCUUCAGUAUUUUUCUAUUGAAUAAAUUUAUCGAUUUUGCCAUUAAACAGAAAUUAGUUAUGCAAAAUAUUUAGCUUUUGUAAUCAUUUUAGUUAUGACUAAAAGGGGGAAAUUGAACUGCAUCACUGAUAAUGAACUUUGUGAAAAUUUUUUUGUUUAUCUUUCAUUCCUUCAGUAUUGCUAUAAAUUUCUUUUGAAGAAAUGAUGAUUUAUUUGAAAAAUGUCUAAAAUGUAUGUAUAUUUUAUAAAUAUAUAUUAUAUAUAUUAUAGGGAUAUAUAUAAUAUAUAUAGACUAUAUAUAUAUAUCUAAACCAUAGGUGCAUUUUACUGUUUUGUACUUUCAUGUUUGGAGGUAAUUCACACAGCAGAUAACGAUGAAAGUUGUGCUGUUUGCUUUGCAGUAUAAUACAUAGUUCUAAAUGUCUAAAUUACUGUAUAUACUAUAUUCACUAUAGGCUAGCAUGCUUGUUUUAAAGACUGUCAUUCUAGUUUAUUAAAAUCUGAAUGUAAGAAAACCUGGCUAUUCAAAUGUGAAUUGAAAUAUUCCAUUCUCAGUACUGAACUAUUUCCAAUGAACAUUCAGGCUUUUUAACAGAAUCUUAAAUCAUCGAGAAGGCAAUAGCUAGAAAAUGAGAGGUGCCUUUAAAAAUACAAACGCAGCCUUACGGUGAGGAUGAAGAUUGAGUUUGUGUCGGGGGAGGGAGGGGGAGCAGAGAGAGUAAGAGAGUGAGUGUGUGUGUGUGUGUGUGUGUGUGUGUGCCAAUUGUGAAGGUCCUGAUUUGUGACCGUCGAUGUCUUUUUAAUGUACCUGCGCAACUUCUAGGAUGUCAAGGGACAUUUCAUGCGUUGUCUCUAUGCUCUUCUGAGUACCAUGUAUGCUUUUCAAGAAUUUUGAAUGUGAAUUCCUACAAAUUUCAGUAGGGAAUAAAUAGCUAUUCUUCAACUAAAGUCAAGUUCAGGUGAAAGAAAUUAUUGGUUCACCAAAAUUAUGGGAGCUAAUUAAUGUAAGUUUUUAUUUUUUAUUUUUCUGGAUUUCUUUUUUUUUUCCGAGGUAGGGUCUCACUCUGGUCCAGGCUGACCUGGAAUUAACUAUGUAGUCUCAGGGUGGCCUUGAACUCAUGGCGAUCCUCCUACCUCUGCCUCACAAGUGCUGGGAUUAAAGGCAUGUGCCACCAUGCCCAGCUAAUGUAAGUUUUUAAAGGUUUGCUUUUCAGUGCUUUUCAUAUAUUUUCCUUUCCUUAAGAGCAUGUUAUGAAAUUUUUAUGUCCUGAGGAUUCAGUUAGUAUAAGUCACUUUUAGAUUAAACACUUGAACUAGUUAAGUUCCACCUAAAGGUAGACUUAAAGUAUUUAAGUGGCAUCUCUCAUAUCUACCUCGUUGUCAUUGCUGCCAUUUUAAUCAAAGAAAAUCUUUAAAAUAAAAGAAGGUCUUGGUCUCAUCUGAAAUGAUGUCCGGAUGCUAUUAUUUAAGAAUCUGUUGGUGCUUUUCUCAGGCGCUGUCAUCCAAAUUGUGUUGUCACAAGUAAAAUUGAAAGGCUUAGGAUUAAUUUUAGGGUUUUUUUUUUUUUUGAAAGUAGAGAGAGUUAAUCUCUGGUUGUUAUAUGUCUAUGUGAUAUUUCAACCCAAAGUUAAAAAUUAUCAUUGAAUUUGUUUGAAAUACUGGGCAUGUGGCACAUGCCUGUAAUUCCAGCACUUGGGAGGUGGAGGCAGAAAGAUCAGCAACAAAAAGAAUUUACCUGAAAAAAAAAAAAGUUCUAAUUUUACUCAGCCUACUUUUUUUCUUUGAAAGCUGUUUCCACACUGUUAGUAUAGAACAUUUAUUGUACUUGCUCAGAAGUUGCCUCCAUGACCAUGGUCUUUGUUUAUAUGUAGAACUGCAGUAUUUUUAAGUGUGUGACACUGGGAUUUUGGUUGUACAAAAAGUAGAAGCUGACUGAACUAUGUAUAUUUUUGUGAAAUGUACCAUUUCCUAAAGUCCAUUUCAGAGGAAGAUCCAGAAAACUCACGCCUGUAUUUAGCAGCUUGUGGUAAAGGACUGGAGUCAGCACCCUUGGAUCUCCACACCAGUGUAAAGGACUUGAGUCAGUGCAGCUUAUCUCUGUAUCUGUAUGGGGUUCCACAGUGAACAAAGAUUUAUUUAACACAACCUUCAUAUCAGUUUUUCACUUAAAAAAAAAAAAAGCCAAUGUUAGACUAGAAGAGAUCAUUAGAUCCUGCUCAUUUAUUCCAGCAGCAUUCCUGAAGUGGUGCUUAGGAGUCAGAUUUUUCUGGAUCUUUGUAAGUCAAGCUUUACAUUUUAUUUCACUGGAACCAUAUGCUUGUCAUCACCUGAUGCAAGUUAGAAAGUGCAUGUUAAUUUGAUUAACUCCAAUGUCUGCCUGGGUUUUUAACAGGCUGUGAACCUUUGAGUGCCUUGUUAAGGUAGAAUGAUCCCCCCCCCCCCCCCCCCGUUGAGUGUUCGCUCUUUCUGAAAAAUGAACGUUUCAGAGACUGGUAUUAAUUGGCUUAGGAGAGCUGCUAAAUUUGGUAUUACCAGCAUAAGAAGGGAUUUGUUCUACAACCCACCAACCCUCCUUUCCCGCUUUCUCUUCAUUGCUUGGCUGAAGUUGGCCUCUUGGGAGAAAACAAAUACAGCCUCCUUCUCCACACAUUGUUUUUCCAUUCCAGAUUAAAAGGAGAAUCUGUCCCCCACCUGCAGCUAUUGAUCGAACCCUUGUUUUAGGAAUAUCCACUUCUUUGUAAUCACUAAAUCUACUGGUUAUCUUAUUCUGUCUUCUCAGAGUCGGCUUACUGGAGUGGGACUCAGGGUAUCAUCAGUUCGGAUUCCUAAAUAAACCUUCUCUCCUCACCCAAGCCCUCACUGGUGAUCCCUGGGCCAGACUGUUUGAUCUUCAGGUGUUUUCAUUUUACUUAUAUCAAUUAAUGUAAACCCAAAUGCUAAUUUUUGUGGUGCAAAAAGUUUCUUUUGUAAAUUCAGGGUAUGGAUAAGCUAAUUAUGAUAUCCAAUUUUGGUGGCUCUAAGUGUAUUAUUUGUUUUUAAAUAAAGUGUACAAAUAUAGAUAA